AUCUGGAUGAGUGUCAGAGCAAACAGCACAACUGUCAGUUCCUGUGUGUGAACACCAUCGGAGGAUUCACCUGCAAAUGUCCUCCAGGCUUCACCCAGCACCAUACUGCCUGCAUAGAUAAUAAUGAAUGUGGGUCGGACCCUGCUCUGUGUGGCUCUAAUGGUGUGUGUCAGAACAGCCCAGGCAGCUUCAACUGCGAGUGUACUAGAGGAUUCUCAAUGGACCCCAAUGGACAGAGCUGUGAAGAUAUGGAUGAGUGUGAUGGUAGCCACCGCUGUCAACACGGCUGUCAGAACCUGGUGGGAGGGUACCGGUGUAGCUGUCCUCAGGGAUACCUACAACACUAUCAAUGGAACCAGUGUGUCGAUGAGAACGAGUGCCAGAACACUCAGAUCUGUGGGGGAGCGUCGUGCCACAACACCCUGGGGAGCUUCCGUUGCCUCUGUCCCACUGGGUUCAACUACGGAGACCAGGGGGGGUGUAGGGACAUCAACGAGUGCUCCUCCUCCUCUAAUCCAUGUAACUACGGCUGUUCCAACACAGACGGAGGGUAUCUCUGUGGCUGUCCACCUGGAUACUACCGCGCUGGACAGGGGCACUGUGUGUCAGGCGUGGGCUUUGGUAGUGGUGUGAGUCUGGGCCAGGGAGGAGGAGGAGGAGGAGGAGGAGGAGGAGGAGGGGCAGCAGCAGAGGUGGGUGACAAUGAUCUGUCUCCUGAGGCCUGCUACGAGUGUAAGAUCAACGGUUACCCCAAGAAGGGGCGCAAACGCCGCGACACCAACUCAACGCUGGAGCAACCGCUGGACAAUGCACAGCAUCAGGAGACAGUGAGCCUGGAAAGUGUGGACAUCGAGGACACCCUGCUGUUCAACCUGAACAUGUCCGGCCUGUCCAGCCGAGACCACAUCCUGGAGUUCACCCCGGCCCUGUCCACGCUCAACAACCACGUGCGCUACUCCAUCGACUACGGCAACGAGCUGGGCUACUUCAAGAUCAGCCAGAGGGAGGGGCUUAGCUACCUGCACCUGUCCAAGAGGAAGUCCCUCCCCCCUGGAGCCUACUUCCUGCAGAUCAGUAGCAUGGCCGUGUACAGGAAGAAGGAGCUGGCAGCGCUGGAGGACAGCAACGAUAAAGACUACCUCACAGGCCAGCUGGGAGACACACUCACCAUGAGGGUGCAGAUAGUCCUGCAUUAACCUACACUACAGGACUGACUGGGGUGGCUGGGCUGGGCUGGGCUGGGUGGGGAGUGUCUGCCUGUAAACACUGGUCUAGGAACAGAUUAAUUUACCCUUGAUCCAUAUCUCAACCAUUAGGAUGGGGAGAGAAGAUCUGACUCUGGGUCAAUGGUUAUGGGCAACUUCUACCUACUCUGAGAGAGAGAGCUUGGGACAAGCUCAACGCCAAAGAGACUAAUGGGUGGGUGGGGGGAGGGGGGAUUGCGUUGUUUGAUUCCCAAAGAUGAUUCUACAUAUCAUAGAUACAACCUUUAGUGCUACAAUGUAGGCCUAACCCACUGGUAACAGUAUGGCUGGCUGUCUGAAGAAAGGCUUAGAGAAUGAGAAUGACAUGGAGGGAAGACGUGACAAUGACACAACAAUAACCACUCUAAACUGCUCUGUGCAGGAAGCUCUGGUUUGAAUGUUUUUUUAUUUUUCAUGAAAAAGGUUUAUAUGAAAUGAUAUGAUAUGUGGAAUCUGCCACUCUUUUGUGGGACAUGUAAGGCAAAUGCCAUAUCCACCCGUAGCCCCUACCCCCAAGACCAUGAGGGUAGUUAGGGAGUAUGGGGUAGGGGCUAGCGGUGGAUUUGUGACUGAGUAGCAGAGUGCAACAGUCACUGAUGCUGAGUGUUCACAGCUUGGCAGACGUGGAAGUGAAAGGCAGCGUUCAGAUUCUCCACCCUUCUCCCUGAAGUGUGCACUUGCUCACUCCCCCUUCAUGGUUCACAAAGCAUUGGCUGCUAAGGAGAGUUUCCACCAUAUUAAAUAAACCAGUCCAUUCCUUUCACAUCCCUGAGGGGAGAAGGGUAGGGAAUCGAACCGUAGCUAAAGUCUUUAGCUAGAAGGACCCCUCUUCCUCAUCAUAACUAUGCUUCUUCAUCUUCCCCACUGACUAGAUUUCAGCAUUACACAUAUUUACUGGUGCUAGUAACAAAACCACAUAGACUUAUGAAUGCACUGUCAUACUCAACAACACACAGUAGCUGUCUGUCUACUGUCCUUUUAAUAAGAUGUCAGACAUCUUCUUUUCAACCAAAAACAAAGUAACAGCCUGUCUGCUCUCUAUACCACAUGUAAAUGAAGUGUGUUUAUACUGUAAUCAAUGCCAUGUUUAGAAUGUUAAUCUAUGAAGCCUUUUGUAAACUAGAGAACGCCCCUGAGAGGAGGGGGUGUAAUGGUGCUUAUAAUGGCCUACUACUUCCUUUGAUAAACUGUAUACACACACACAUUGCAAACACACAACACAAAUACACACACACGCCCUCAAACACACUCAAAACACACACCGUUCUGAUGAUGCCAAACCUGUGCCUUCAUGAUUAUGCACUGAGGUCGACGCGGCCACACACUUUUCGCUAGUACAAUCAGUGCUCCGUAGCGAAAUCAAUCAGACCAGCCGUAGACACAUCCGUCUGUCGCAUCAGUGAGGGUUUAGUUGUAAAGUCACAAUAAAAACAUUUUUUUGUUUAAAAGGUUU